GGAUAUUCACGGAAAGGUGCAGCAUUGUCAUUUUUGAAGCGAUACGAAGAAGCCAAGUUCACCUAUGAAGAAGGUCUUAAACUUGAUGCAAAUAAUGAACAAUUGAAAGAAGGUUUGAAAGAUGCAAAGUACCACCUCACAGGUCCUGCCGGCAGCCAACCAAUGCCCAAUCCAUUUGCCACACCUGGUCUCAUGGAAAAAUUGGCCAGUGAUCCCAGAACAAAAGACUUUCUCAAAGAUCCUGAUUAUUUAAAAGUUGUGAGUGAUUUACAAAGUAAUCCACAAAUGCUUGGAAGGUGAGUAAAAUUA